CAGAUCUUAAAUUAAAACUUUAUAAAAUAAAGAGUCGCAUGUUGUAUUAAUAAAUAUGCAUAAGUAUUAUCAUGAACAUCGUUCAUGGUAAGGAGUAAUAAGCGCGAACAUAUUCGAUGUAAUAGAAAUUUUAUACCAUUUUUAGCAUAAAAUUUGUAAUACAAUUUAAAACGCAAAAAUAAUUUGGUAUACCAAAAAUGAUCGAUUAAAGUUAUCGACAUUUUCGAUAAUUGUCUUGAUCUAUCAUAAGAACUUCACUUAAUACUUAACGGGGUACAAGUCUCCGGCUAUAAAUCGGUAUAACCUAUAAAAAACGUAGUUCCUCUUGAUUUCAUUUCUAGCCAUUCGUCUUACCUUAUAAGGAAAAAUUUUUCUUAAUCACUGUCCACUUCGUUUCCAACAUUCGAGGUAAAAUAUUUAAGUUAAAACAAUGUCUGAUCCUCGUAUAAGAACUCUAAAAAUUAAGACUGGAGUAGUGAAACGUCUCGCAAAAGAAAAAAUCACUUAUGAGAAAGAAGCAGCACAGCAACGUGAAAGGGUACAAAAAUUAAAGGAACAGGACAAAGAUGACUAUGAUAUAAAGAAACAAGAAGAAGUACUUCAAGAAUCUCUUAUGAUGGUGCCAGAUUGUCAAAGACGUCUUGGAAAAGCAUUUGAGGAACUUAAAAAGAUUUUGGAUACAGAACAAGAUUUAAAAGAGAUAGAAGAUUAUAUCGAAGCUGAGAAAGUACUGAAGGAAGCAGAGGCUCAACUUCCUAAAGAAGGAGAAAUUAUGGAGAUGUGUUAA